AGUUUGUUGUUGUUUUCGUUCAGCAGAAUAAGUCGAGCAGUCGACAUCUUUGAAGGAAAACGGCAUUCCCGUACGUUAUGGUUGUAUUUUGAGCUAAUAACUUCCACCGCGGGCCUUCUUUCGAGAAACUCGAGGACACAAGGGACCAGUGCAGUAGAUCUGGAUUUUUCCUGCGCAACUUGUUUUGGUCUUUUUCAAAGAUGGGCAGUCAGUACCAGCGCUCAGUUCCACUUGAGGUGAGGAGAUCAGAGGGAGAGAGAGUUCGGGCCAAGCAUCCUGACAAGAUACCGAUCAUUGUGGAGAGGGCCCCGAGGUCACGAGCUCCCGAACUGGACAAGAAGAAAUAUCUAGUGCCCUCAGAUUUAACAGUGGGCCAGUUGUGCUUCCUGAUACGCCAGCGUGUGUCCUUGAGACCAGAGGAGGCACUCUUCUUCUUUGUCAACAACUCCCUUCCCCCAUCGAGCUCCCCUCUCUCUGCUGUAUAUGAGGAGCACCACGAGGAGGACCUGUUUCUCUACAUGACUUACAGUAAUGAGAGUGUGUACGGUGCCUAAAGGAGGACGAAAGACUGGAGAAAGACAGCGAGAGGAGACUAAGUGAGACUGUCUGAGGAAUAAAAAGUUACGGCUGUUUGUAAUGCUUCACACCACUAUUAUUCUUUAUUUUAGUUUUGUUUAGUACAGUACAUGGUGGAAGAAAGGCUUUGCACAAGGCAGAGGGGUCUGGUAGGUUUACUUUUGUCAGUAUUUCUGGGUGAACGAUUGCAUUUUAGUGCAUGUCAAGUUAUGUUUAUUCCUUAGAAGGUGAAAGAAGAAAAUGGAAGGGGGAAAAAUAAAGAAAGCAUUGCAAAAAGACGUUAUUGGAAUUAUGUUGAGGGAGCUCUCGUUAUCUUUCUCAGUCAUCUGUAUUUAAUGCAAAUAGUAUUUUUUUUUUGUAAAUUAAUAUCAUAAACUUUUGUGGAAAAUAAAGAUAAAAAAUGCAUACA